CAAUAAAUCGAGGACCAAAAUGAGGCAAAAGAAAAUUUUUACCAACACAAUUGACAUUUGAUCCUGGAUUUGUUUAUACUUUUACUUCACCAAAUUACAAAAUGAGAAUGGACAAAGUGGCUUUACAACAACAUUCUGGCAGAUUGCCUUCUAUUUUUAUGCAUUCGUGAUAGGUGUCCAAAAAGUUGUAAAUGAAAGCCAUACCCCUUCGAGAGGUGAGUUCGGAUAUGUCGAGCCAGAAAUACAAGCGCACUAACUUUGUUGAUGAUGAGGGCUCAUCGGAGGGAGGGACACCCCCUGGGGUUACAUACAACCCUGAGAUUGUAUUCAAAGUAGGGACAAGUAUGUGGCAAGAUCGUACCAUACUUGAACGACUGUUUGCCAUCUUACUCCUUGCGCUGACUCUGAUUGUGGUGAUCUUGGCUAUCAUUUUAGCGACCAAACAUGACAAAAUACAACAACUUACUAGCAAAAAAGAAUACUGUCUGACUCCUGCUUGCAUCACAGCAGCCAGUGCGUUAGUGAACUCAAUGGACCGAAGUGUCGACCCCUGUGAGGAUUUUUAUCAGUACACGUGCGGAGGCUGGAUCAAGUACCACCCUAUGCCUCAGGGCUACUCAACUUGGGGCACAUUUGGAGUUCUAUGGAAGCAGAACCAACUCGUCAUGAAAAAUGAAAUAGAAAAACCUAUGUCUGAUAUGAAAUGUGAAGCAGAACGUAAAGCAAAAAUGUACUAUGAAUCCUGCCUUGACAAAAAUGAGACUAUCCAAGAACUUGGUGCCCAACCUCUAUUAAAUUUUAUAAGAGACAAGCUUGGAGGUUGGAGCAUAAGCGACAGAGCUGGUCCAUUUGAUCCAUCAAACUGGAACUUUCAAGAUCUCUUAACGAAGAUCCACAGAUUUAACCAUGCAACAUUGUUCGCAGGAGGGGUGGGAGGCGAUGAUAAAAAUUCCUCCAGAAAUAUUUUACAGGUUGAACAGGGAGGACUGGAUCUCCAAAGGGACUACUACAUAAAUAAAACAAUAGAUGAUGAUAAGUACUUAUCUGCCUACCUUAAGUACAUGACAGACAUAGGGGUGUUGCUUGGAGGAGAGAGGAAUGCAACAGAAGAACACUUCAGAGAUGUGCUACUCUUUGAGCAGUCAUUAGCAGAGGUGACUACUCCAAGUGAAGAGAGGAGAGAUGAGGAAAAACUAUAUCACAAGAUGACUGUGGCUGAGUUACAAGAGAAAGUUCCUUUUUUGAAUUGGCUGAAUUAUUUUAAUGAUAUGUUACUCGAUACCAGAGUUCAAAUUGACCAAUCAGAAGAGCUUGUAGUAUUUGCCCCUGAAUACCUGGGUAAUGUCUCGAUGAUGAUAACAGAAAUGUUAAAGAAUGACACCCAGAAAAGGGUGCUACAUACGUAUAUGGUGUGGGGGAUUAUCAAGUCACUCACUUCAUACCUUUCAAAGGACUUCAAGGAUGCAAGUAAAGAUCUCAUCAAAGUUUUUUCAGGUACUACAGGGGAGGAGGAGAAAUGGCGGACUUGCAUAUCUGACACAGAUGACAAACUGGGCUUUGGUCUUGGUGCCAUGUUUGUCAGAGCCACUUUUGAUGGAAAUAGCAAAGAAAAGGCUACAGAAAUGAUUGGGCAAAUCAAGAGAGCAUUCAAAGCAAACCUUCCAAAUCUAAAGUGGAUGGAUGCAGCCACACGUAAAGCAGCUAGAGAAAAGGCUGAUGCAGUCAUAGAUAUGAUUGGAUUUCCCAAAUUCAUAAUGGAUCCAAAAAAGUUGGAUGAAAGAUAUGAAAAGUUGGACAUAGCUCCAGAUGAGUACUUCCAGAACAAUCUUAACAAUAUGAGAUACAGCUUCAACAGAAAUAUGGAAAAAUUACGAAAGCCACCAGAUAAAACAAGCUGGGGGAUGACCCCUCCCACUGUUAAUGCUUACUACACUCCUCAGAAGAAUGAGAUUGUAUUCCCAGCAGGAAUUCUACAAACUCCUUUUUAUGACCAGAAUUACCCUCAAUCUCUAAACUUUGGUGGAAUGGGUGUUGUGAUGGGUCAUGAGCUUACUCAUGGUUUUGAUGAUCAGGGUAGGGAGUAUGAUAAGAAUGGUAACUUACGUCCCUGGUGGAACAAAGAAUCUGUGACAAAGUUUAAGAAUGCUACCAAGUGUAUGGAAAACCAGUAUUCUUCAUAUAAACUAGGUGAUGAAAAUGUGAAGGGGAAACAGACCCUGGGAGAGAAUAUUGCAGAUAAUGGAGGCCUAAAAUCAGCAUAUAAUGCUUACAUGGAUUGGGUGUCUAAUAAUGGAGAAGAGUUACCAUUACCUGGGGUCAACCUAACACAGAAGCAACUCUUCUUUAUGGGAUUUGCACAGGUAUGGUGCACAACUAGUACAGCUGAAGCCGACCAUGAGACAAUCAUUGGUGACCCACAUAGUCCAGGAAAAUUCAGGGUGAUUGGUACAUUGUCAAAUUCAAGGGACUUUUCCGAACAGUUUAACUGUAAAAAAGAUGCCCCCAUGAAUCCACAGAAAAAGUGUGAAGUCUGGUGAAUGAUACACAUAUAUUCCAAGAAGUGACAUAUAUUCCAGAUGUACAUUUAUAAAAGACUAGCAAUCGGAAAUUGUGUACAAGUACGGGGUACCAUUAAGGGAUCAACAAAUGUGUGUGCUUCCCAACUAAACUUUUAAUGAACUCUAGUUUAUACACAUCUGUUCAAAUAAGAGAAGCAGUUGCAACCGGUUAAGAUGAGAUUACCUUGCUUUGCCAUAAGAAAAACCGUUACCUGUUGAGUGAUGGACAUUAGACAUGUAUCGAAAUGCAAGGAAGAUUAGAGCAAUGAGAGUUGAAUUCAAAACACAAAAGAAAAA